CUGUGUCCUGCUUCCUCCCCUCUAGCCUGGAUCAUGCUCCAGCUCCUCACUGCUCUGGCGCUCUUGGGAGCGCUGGCCACCCCAGCAGGGACCUCCAAGACGUGUCCAGCCUGCUCUCUGCAGGGAAACUGCACCGAGAUAACCUGUCCUCCGGCCAAGGAAGCCUGCUUGUUUAGCCAGAUGCAGCUGGAGCAUGGGACUGUCAUCAAGAACGGGUCAUGUGUCGCCCCUGGGGAAUGCCGAGAAGGUGUCUAUGCCCUGACCUAUGGCCCCCACUCGAGUCUCUGGGUCAGUAUGGCCUGUUGUGAGAAUAACUGCAAAGGGGCCACCCGACAAGAGGGGGCGCCCGAAGCCCAGCUCAACGGAGUGAAAUGUCACUACUGUUUCGGGGAUAAGUCAGCCUUGUGUGACUCCCGCUUGGUCAUGAACUGCACCGGUGAUCAGACUGUGUGUCUCACCCUCAACGGGACAUGGAAUAGAGGGGGUCCCCAAAUCCUGAAGGGCUGUGCUACCCCAAAUAUCUGCCACCUGCAAGUGAACAUGACCCUCGGCCUGGAAGCAUCUGGAUUUCAUCUCACCAGCAAGCCUGAAUGCGACUAUGUGGCUACUCCCACCCCGCCAGGUCCCCCUGCAGCUGUGACUCGGACCAAGGAUAAGGUCACCACCUGUUUCACCUGCUCAAACAUCAGUAAUUGUGACACUGUCCUUUGUCCAGCAGAUAAGAACUACUGCCUCCAGACAAUGGGCACCCUGGCCUUAAGGGAAGGUAACUCUGUUGUCUGGAGAAAUGGUUCCUGCGUGACCUCCAAGGAGUGCAGAUUCGGCAACUCCGUCUCUGCCUUCAGCUACAGCGUUGACUUUGGCUUCUGGAUCAACUCCACCUGUUGCCAAGGAGACUGCCAAGAACUCACUCCUCUCGAAGUUCUGCCAACCUCACACACCCUGAGCGAGCUCCUGUGUCCUACGUGUCCUAGCGGCCGACUGGGGCCCUGCAAUUCCUCCUUCUAUAUGCAGUGUCCCAGUGGAGAGACGGAGUGUGUCCAGCUGGACCUGGUGCUUGUAGAAGGCGGUCAGAGCGUGAAUGUGAGCGGCUGCGGCUCCCGGGACCUGUGCGCUGCCCCCGCCGCCACCGGGCGGCUGCUGGAGCUGCCCGGCCACCGGCUGGCCCGCCGGCCCCACUGCAGCCCCAGCCAGCGCGCCAUCAUGGACUCCAAGUGCCACUCGGGCGCGCCGCCCGCCCUCCGCCUCGCCCUGUCCGUGCUGCUGGUGGCCCUGGGCGCCGCCGCCCUCUCCUGAGCAGGCCCGCCUCGACCGCCCUUGCCCAGCAGCCACUCAACCCCGCUUGUGUCCCACCUCGCUAGAUGGCGCCCUGGCUCCCCCCUACUUCUGGCAUCUCUAGGCCUGGUAGCUUCUGGUGAGAAAAGUCAGACACCAGGAGGGUGAGGCUCCUCCCUCAGACUAAGGGCUUCCACAAGGCUAGUCCUCUUUCUUAACACCAGGGUCCCAAGGGCUAUACCUCCUCCCUCAGACUAGGCUGUACUUCUGCAGACCUCAGACUAGAGAUGCCUCCAUGGGCCCCAAAGACUAAGCCUCCUUUCUCACACUGGGGGGUCCCCAACACCAGGUUACUCCCUCUGACUAGGGCUGUGUCUCUUUUCCUGAACACUGGGAAGCAGCUCCUUCUGUCUCCCUCUUUAGGGUCUAACAAAGCCUCGGGCGGCCAAGAUGGGGUUUGAGGACCAAAUGCACCCCCUUCCCAGGCUUUUAGAGCACCCCUUCCACCCCCACCACAGUCCCUCUUCUGUCUGGGCUCAGUCUCCCCACUGUCACCAAAUGUGAAUGAAUCACA